AUGGCUCACGCGUUUGCUGGUAGAAGCCUACCAUCGUCGUACUCUUCACGGAGGGGUUCAGUUGACCCUAGGGAUGCUUCGACUCCGGUUCUGGAUCCCACAAGGCCGAGCUGUGGUCAAGCGAUGGCUGCAUCAGUGCGUGACGUGCAUUCGGUGGAGGGCUGUCACUCCGCAACCUCAAAUGAAACCUUCCUCCAGGAAGACUCCAAAGCAGUUCACCUUGAGGCCGUUUCAGAUUAUACCACCGACGCUUUCCUGGCUGCCCUCCGCCGCUUCACAUCUCGCCGAGGGCUUUGCACGGACAUCUAUUCCCACUACGGCACCAAUUUUUCGGACGCCGACAGACAACUACGAGAGAUACUCCGAGCUUCCUUCUCAGAAGGACGACAAAUCGCACACGUCGCUACAUCAGAAGGAAUCCGGUGGCACUUUAACUUCCCUUCGGCACCACACUUUGGUGAUCUCUGGGAAGCGACCGUGAAAUCAGCCAAGUACCACCUGCGCAGAACCAUCAGCGAAACCAGACUCACCUUCGAGGAGAUGAGCACCCUGCUUGCACAAGUAGAGGCAUGCAUGAAUUCCCGGCCCAUGCAUGCCCUCUCAGAUGACUCCGACGACCUCACGGCUCUGACAUCGGGUCACUUGCUCAUUGGGGCACCACUGCUGGCCAUCCCCGAGCCAUCAUUGUCUGACGAAAGAGAAAAUUUAAUCUCUAAGUGGCAACUUAUCCAGCGGAUGCAAGACCACUUUUGGCAGAGAUGGUCACGUGAGUACUUGCAUACUCUGGCUACCAGACCGAAAUGGACCAAGGAAGCCUUGUCACCACGCAUCGGAUCGCUGUAUAUCAUCCGUUCCGAAAUCUCAUCGCCUAACAAAUGGUCAUUGGCACGGAUCACGCAGCUACAUCCUGGAGACGACGGCGUGGUGCGAGUGGUCACACUCAAAACGACCUCAUCAGAAUUGAUUCGUCCUCUAAUCAAAUUAGUAUUAUUGCCAGAGGAUGCCAAUGCGUUCACCUCGCACGAUAAUGCGCCGAACGAAAAGAGGAGCAUGAAUCAAUCGCUUGCAUGUCCGUGA